AUGACGUCGCAAUCUCUGCCAGCCCUCACAAUCCCUUCAGAUAUUAAUCUGCUGCCCGAGCUAUCCCCAGAUCAUUCAAGGUCCCCCUCUUCGUAUGGUCUCAGCGCCACGACCGGCCGUCCUGCCAUGUGGACAAGGUUUCACCAAUGCAAAAUGGUCUGUCUCUACGUCUACACGACCCUUCCACUCGAGAAAAUCGUCAAAGUCGUACACCAAAAGACUUCUCCCAAGAGACGUCCCGGACAAGAUUCUGCGAAUAAGAAUUUGAAUACACUUCUUGACAAGGAGCCGCGAUGGCUGCACCCCAGGACCAACGAGGACAUGGGCCGCCGCCUCGAGCAGCUCUCCCUCUCGCUCUCUCGAAUGCCAUCCCGACUCAACGCCACUCCCUACGGCCGUGCUUCGUCUUAUACGACUGAACCCAGCUUUCUUCACGCCCCUUUCAAGUCUAAUGGUACCACCAGCUCUGCCCUGCUCGGCGUCCCUCAGCACUCCAUGGCAUCCCGGAGUGCUCCUACAUCGCCAACAUCUUCCUAUCCAGCCUUUGCUGAGUGGUCGCCGUCCCCGCCAUUCAAAACACCUUCAGCAUCUACUUACCAUCCGAAAGAGGAGCGCGACAGAAUGUUGUUUGCACCAUUUCUUCGCAGGGCCACCAUGGCCUCCUGUUCAACAACCACUUCAACUUCUUCCCUGACGACCGUCUUGGCCGACUAUAGCCCUUCAUAUCGUAGUGCUGUCAAGGGGUUGAUGCGCCGGCUUUCUGGCUUUUUCCCGCGCUCGAGAGAUGUAUCACCCUUUUCCGAGCCCAUCUCUGUCGUCAUGGAUUGGCUUGAUGAUGGGGCUGGUCCGACUCCUUAUACCGGCACACCCUUUCCUCUACCCGGUGACUUCCUCAGCAUCGACAAAUACAUGCAAUCGCCACAAAUGCUUAAUCAGGUCUGCCGUAGUGUUCUGUACUCGGCCGCUCGAGAAUUGUUACAAGUGCCUGCCACGUCUUUGCCUUGGGUAACACCCAACGGCCUUACGGAAAAGGGCUCCCGCAUUCUUGCCGGCUGCAUUCGCGAGUCGGACUUUUCUGAGGUGGAUGUUUUUGGCAAUACCUUGUUGCAUUUUGUUGCUGCCCGGGGCCACGCUACUGACCUAUGCAGCAUCAUUAGGCAGUUGAAAGAUGGCGACAUCCUGCAGCAGGCCAAUACGGCAGGCCAGACUUUCCUUCACGUCAUGGCUCAGGGCACCACGGAGACGCCAUCCUUUGUGACCGAACUGAUUCGCAGUCUACGAAAGGAUCAUGACAUCGACAUUUACGCCCAAGAUCACUACGGCCGCAACUUUUUCCACAUGUUGUGGGCCAAUGGUGUCGGUCAGACUAUUUUAGAUGACAUCCUGGCAGAUGAUAUCCUUAUGUCGGGCGAUUCUGAACGAUGGAGCACGCGCGAUGCCUUUGGUGAAGAUUUACGUAUUUCUGCACCGCGAGUGCCACAUGGGUUACCGAUCGACCAUACUUUGCUACUCGACAGCGGGAUGGAUCCCGCCGAGAGUAGUGCCAGCUCCGUGGAGUUGCAACUUGUGCAUUUCAUCAAUCACGAAGUUAAACAAGACCCUAGGGCAGAAAACUCCCAUGGACGCAACGGCCUCCACUGCCUUGCCGCCGUAAACUUCGGUUUGGCCUCUGCACCGACCGCUUCGGGCAUGACCGGCGACCCUGAUGCUGCUAGCCCCAGGGGCCGACGUCGCACCUCUGGUGGCAGCAAAAAAGAAACCGGCUCAUCAGAGGGCCCUAUGAAAACGCGCCUCGACUCGCUUCGGGACGUGCUAAGCUGGGGUGUCCGCGCCAACGCUUACGACGCCAAUGGUAACACUCCACUGAUGGCCUUUGUUGCGCAGCUGCCCGAGGACGGCAACUACAAGCUCGGCCCGCGGAUUCUCGAGAUUCUCAUCGAGGCAGGUGGGAAUGUGGACGCGCGUAACCGCGCCGGCGAAACAGCGCUGCACAUUGCUGUCCGCUGCGGACGCAAGCUCGCCGCCAAGGCACUGGUUGAUCAGGGGGCUAAUGUGUACGCGCGAGAUGCCCUCGGGCGCAGUGUGCUGGACGUGGCGGACGCCAAGAUUCUGGCAGCGGGUAGAGGCUACCCGGGCGAGUAUGCCCGAUUGGAGGCGUGCCGGGCUUGGUUGAGUGGGCAAAAAGGCGGCGCGAUACAGAACCCGACUGUCCUGGACGAAUGGGGACUUGUACAGUGGAAGAGAAGCGUUGACAGGUCUCGUUUUUGA